AUGGGCUAAGCUUGUAUUAAUGGUAAACCUAAAAAAACUCAUAGAAUAGAGGAUAAGGAUGUCUAAACUACAGAUAAAUCUAAAAACUAUGCAGCUGCUACAGCUAACUAGAAUCAAAAGCCCGAUAAGCUCAUUCAAGAAUGUCUCCUUGAUGGGUAAAAGAACUCCUUGACAAACAGCGCAGCAGAAGUGAGGAAGAACAAAAAAAUCUGCAUCGAUUCUUCAAUUAGCGAUUCGCUAGGGUGCUUUAUAACCACUGAAAAUAUCAAAAACGUUUAUAACAUUUCAGAUACAGUUUUAGGCAAAGGAACUUUUGGUACAGUAAAAGAAGCAAGUUUAAUUUCCAACCCUUCAAAAAGGUUUGCAGUAAAGUGUAUAUCCAAAGAAGCAGGAGGAGAUACAAAAAAUUUUGACUGGCUUUAUAGAGAAGUUAGCAUCUUUCGCCAACUGGACCAUCCAAACAUUGCAAAACUCUAUGAAUGCUACCAGGAUGAUAAACAUUUUUACUUGGUUAUGGAGAAUUGUGAUGGAGGAUAAUUACUAUAACUAGUCUUAGAAUAAAAAAGAUUUUCAGAGUAAAUGGCUAGCUAGGUUAUGUCUUAGAUGUUAUCAGCAGUCAAAUAUUUACAUGAACUAGGAAUAGUUCAUAGAGAUUUAAAGCCUGAAAAUUUUCUUUUUACGAGAGAUUAGUCAGAACUGAAAAUGAUAGACUUUGGCCUAUCAAAGCAAUACAAUAGCUAACUUGAAAUGAUAAAAUACUAACUGAAUGAAAACUACAAAUUAGAGCAAUCGCGCUUAUCUAUUUAUACUCCUUAAUCAAAUUAUUCUUCUAAGUCAAACAAUAUGUAAACUAUAGUAGGAACUGUUCAAUAUAUUGCUCCUGAAGUCCUUACUCAAAAUUAUGACAAACGUUGCGAUAUCUGGAGUCUUGGAGUAAUACUGUACUGCAUACUUUAUGGAGAGUUUCCCUUUACAGGAAGAAAUGACACAGAGAUAUUUGAAUAAAUAAGAAAAGGAAAUUUUGAAUUCAGAGACGAAGUUACUAUUUCUAAGUAAGCGAAAGAUCUUAUAACCAAAAUGAUUUGUGUGGAUCCAAAUAAAAGAAUUGACAUGUCAUCUGCUCUCAAACAUCCAUGGUUUAAAAUGUAAAAUACUCAUUAAUAUGAUUAAGGAAGAAUAGUAUAACUUAAGCACAUCAACAAUCUUAAGUCAUACCCCUAAAAAUUAACUCCCUUCUAGCGUCUUUACAUUCAUCUCUACCAUAAAAUGUUUUCAAAUAAUUCAUUCAUCAAAGAUCUGACUCGAGUUUUCAGAGCCAUUGAUUACAACAAUGAAGGCAUCAUUAAUACAGCAACUCUUUAAAAAUCAAUGACGAGUCUUGGUUACAAUUAAUCUGUUGCUGAAAUUCAAAAAAUAGUAAGCAACAUGUCUGAGUCUUCUAUAUCAAAGGUGGGAUAAAUCAACACUAAAAUGGAUGAAUACAUUGAAUACACCCAAUUCUUAGAAGCAAAUAUUGAUAGAAAUAUUCUGAUUAAUGAAGAUUACCAAUAAAAAAUAUUUAAUUAUAUUGACACUCAAAAGAAAGGUGUCAUUUUAAAAGAGGAUAUUGGCAACUGCCUGAAAAGAGAAGGAAUCAACUAUUCUUAAUGUUACAUAAAACUAUUAAAGGAAGAGAUACUUGCGUUAUUCAAUAUCAAUAAUAAUGUAAACUAAAAUGAAUAAGAGGAGGACGAAGAAAAUAAAUUCAAACUUUAAUUCUCUGAUUACUUAAAACUUCUAAUACCCGCUCCUCCUACAUAAAAUAGCAGUUUUGUUGAUAAUAUAACAAUAACUGACCAACCAGGAUAAAUAAAAAAUAACUAAUAAAAGAACUCACCCUUAUAAAUUAAAUGA